AUGAGCGAAUGCCUGAAUUGGGACCAUUGCAACGGUGAUUCUCGACUCUGUGCUGCCCAUGUGAAACACAUCUCCACUAUCAAAAAGCAACGGAACUUGCGCGAUUAUGAGCAGAUUUGCCAGGAGAUCGCCAAGCCCUGUGCAAUUCUAGUGGAGUGCCAAAGAGCAGCAGCGGGUCUCCAGACGCAUGUCAGCUGCUGGGAAGUGGUUUCUCAAGAGACAUCAGGUGCAGGGAGUUGGCAUCUGACCUGCCGAGUGCAAUGUGAUAAAACCUCGCUGUGCUGGAGUCAAACUUCCAGAUCACAAACUUCCAGAUCCCAAAGUUCAAGAUCCCAACCUUACCUCCCACCCACAAUGUCCUCACCCCUCCGCGUCGGCGUCCUCCUCGUAGGAACCGUCCAACUCCUCGACCUAUCAGCCGUCGACCUCCUCUACAUGACAACGCCAGAAUACCUCCAAGAAUGCUCACUCCCGCAGCCACUAGUGGACCUAGGCAGGCCCUGCGAGAUCCACUACAUCGCCCACGACGGACCAAACAAAAUGGUCCAGACGACCGCGCAGAUGUCCAUCCAACUGACCGACUCGCUCACAGACUCUGCCGUCUCCCCAGGCAAGCUAGAUAUCGUGGUAAUCCCCGGUCCACCGCCCAAAGCCAUGCCGCCAGCUGAAGAAUACCUCGACUUCGUGCGCGCGCAUUUCGCGGCCGGCGUGCCGAUCCUGAGUAUCUGCACUGGGGCUUAUGUUAUCGGACACGCUGGGAUUACGAAGGGUCGGGAAGUUACUGCGCCGCGGUUGUUGAUUCCUGAGAUGAGGAGGAGGUUUCCCGAGGCGAAGUUGUGGGAUGAUUCGGUUAGGGUUGCUAGGGAUGGGAAUUUGUGGACUAGUGGUGGAAUUACAAACGGACACGAUCUGGUCGCUGGGUACUUGCGUGAAAAUUACCCGGCCGCUCUGGUGAAUACGAUCCUCGUCGCUGCGGAUAUCCCUACCCGUCCUGCUGCGUAUGCUAGUUCUGCGACGAGUGAUACUCUCUACGUUCUAUGGCAGGUUCUCAGGGCGGUUCCGAAUGCAGUGAUUGGGUUGUUUAGGGGGAAGUGA